GGAUCAAUGAUGACAGAAGAUGUAUUUAUUUUAUUAUUUCAAGAAACAAUUAGAAAAUAUGGAAGCAUACAGGGUGAUGAUUUAAUAUAUUUUAAUCUACUUUGUAGUAAAGGUAAAAGUAAAGAUGCUGCAGAGAAACAUCUUAAAUUAAAUUUUAAAGAAAUUAAAGAAUAUAUUCAUAAUCGAAAUUUUUUUCUAUUGUCAUUACAUAAUAGAAUUAAUUUAUUUAAUACAUUUUCAAAGGUUGAUAAAUUUGAUUCUCAUUUAAUAUAUACUGUAAUUGCUAGGAUUAUCAUAUUAGAU